AUGUCCUUCAAACAGAGAAUCUGCACCCUGCGUGGCUGCUGCUGGAGUCCCAUGAGCGAUAUCAGUGUGCCCUGGUGUUUUUUCUCUUCAAACCAUGGUUACAAAGUGGAUGGGUCGAUAAGAUCAACUGAGAAAGGAUUUGAGACUACGUUAACAAGGCUGCCAUCACCUUCUCUCUUUGGGGAUGAUAUCAACACCGUCCUCCUCACAGGAGAGUGUCAGACAUCAAAUCGCUUCCGGUUCAAGAUCACUGAUCCUAAAAAACCCAGGUUUGAAGUCCCUCAUCAGCAUGUGCGACCUUUCAGUGGAUCUGCAGCCUCCAAUUUAAACUACAAAGUGGAUGUGAAGCAGAACCCUUUUGGCAUCGUGGUGACCAGAGUGAGCAAUGGCAGAGUGCUGUUUGAUACUACCAUAGGACCACUGCAGUAUGCUAACCAGUUUUUACAGCUAUCCGUCAAACUACCUAGCAGCAACAUUUAUGGUGUGGGAGAGCAUGUGCAUAAGCAGUACCGGCACGACGUUAACUGGAAAACCUGGCCCAUAUUCAGCAGAGAUAUUGGCCCCUCUGGG